GUCAUAUUUGUAUUCUUAUUAAAUGCAAGACUGCCUGGGGCGAACAAGAGCUGAUAUCAUAAUUAUUGGCUUGCCCAGCCAGCUGCCUUCUCUCACCUGAUGUAAGAUCAGAUCUUUCCAGCCUUUGGAGCCUCUGUACCGCUGAGCCUCCACUCUCUCUGCAGGGCUGUUUGAAUGACCUAAUCCUGUCCUGGAGCAGCACCACGCCGUUGUGCUUCAGUAAAAAGGGUUUCUGUCUGACGUGGAUUUGGUGAUGGUUUCGCUACUCCAGGACCAAUCCAAUAUUAAAUUUUCUCCUUCGGACACUCUGGAAAGGGACCAGCAGGACCUCAUGAAGGCACAGGGGGAUUCAAUAUCCCCAGUUCAGCAAAGUGAUAAUCCCAGCUACAGCUGCCAACCCUAUGAGCCAGACACCAGGACAGAAAGGAAGAGCUCAGAAUCCUCUCACAGCCCCAGCCCUGCUUCCCCAUCCCAGGACCAAAUCCACGGGAGAUACCCUGCGAGCCAAGGAAUUCCCUGUGGCAAGAACAAAUUCAAAGCAUCCUUCAGCACGGAAAAAUUCCGGCGGUACAGCUACGAGGAAAACACUGCCGGGAGCUACGACCGCUUCCUCAAGAGCAGCAGGAACCCCUUCCACCCUUACAAGAGGCAGAUCAGCGAGGAUGUUUUCCAGGAAGCACACCAGGCCCUGCCACCAGAAGCUUCUCCCUUCAAAAGCCACAGGAGCAUUGAUGGCUUCGAGGGUCUGCCGGGAUCUGUGGGUCCUGAGGAGCCGGAGGCGUUUCCCACCCACAUCCCCAACAUCUCCGCGGAGCAGCCGUGGUGUAGCAGCCUCCAGUACAGCACCACGGGGCAGGAGCAUGGCUCACAGGUCAUGCAGGAUUCAGACAUGAAGCUUAGGACAUCCCCCCUGGAAGGGCAGCCUGGUUUGUAUUGCUACCAGCCCCAAGUGCAGCAGAUGUAUUGCCCCUCACACCCUUUCCAUCAGUACCCCUCAGGAGGCAGCUACCCCGUGACUUACAUCGCUUCCUCGCACUACCCCUACCAAAGGAUUGCUCCUCAAAGCAGCCAAGAAUCCCAGCAGCCUCUGUUUCCCAAACCCAUCUACUCCUACAGCAUCCUGAUCUUCAUGGCUCUCAAAAACAGCAAGACAGGGAGUUUGCCAGUCAGUGAGAUUUACAAUUUCAUGACAGAACACUUCCCUUACUUUAAGACAGCUCCAGAUGGCUGGAAGAAUUCCGUGCGCCACAACUUAUCUUUGAACAAGUGCUUUGAGAAAGUUGAGAACAAGUCAGGGAAUUCUUCUCGGAAAGGCUGUUUGUGGGCUCUGAAUCCAGCCAAGAUUGACAAGAUGCAGGAGGAGCUUCAGAAAUGGAAGAGGAAAGACCCAGUUGCUGUAAGGAAGAGUAUGGCAAAGCCAGAAGAACUUGACACCCUGAUAGGCGACAAGAGCGAGAAGCUGCGAUCUUCCCUCCUGUCCUGCAGCCCGACGGGCGCUGCAGGUGCGUCCCUCUCCAGGCAGGUGGCAGCCCAAUCCCAUUCCUUAUGCGAGCCCUCGCUCUCCUCCGGGAUCCCUCAGGGAUUACACGGCAUCCACGCCUCGGGAACUCUGCAUGCCAUGAGCCCCCUGCCCACUUUGCUGGGGGGGCAGCAGCCCGGGUGCUACGCAUCCCCCCAGGGCUUCCCCCAGAUCUCCACGGCGCUGAUGCAGCACACGCCGGGCCCUCAGAGCCUGUUCCCUGCUGGGGAGGCUCAAAGCCAGCUCCGGACUCAGCCCAGCAUCCCUCAGGAUUCCCCAGUGCCGGCGCAGAGCCCCCCGAGCUGCGGGAUGAAGAUGCUGCCCGAGCAUUCUCCGGCCAGGACGGUGCAGGACACGCUGCUGCAGGAGGGAGACCUCAGCAAUGACAUCGAUGCUCUUAAUCCGUCCCUCACUGAUUUUGAUCUCCAAGGGAAUCUUUGGGAGGAGCUGAAAGACGACAGCCUAGCCGUGGAUCCCCUUGUCCUCAUUUCAUCAUCGCCGAUGUCUUCGCAGUGCUUCCCCUCCCACUGCCAGCUGGAGAGCGGCAGCAGCGUGCCCAUCCCGACGGGAACUCCGCACGGGAAUGUGCCCGACCUGCAGCUCACCACCCUGUACUCCGCCUUCAUGGAGCUGGACACGGUGUCCCCUGCCUACCUAAGCAGCCCCGGAUCCAAACCCAUCGCCUUAAUGUGAACCCCACCCCAACGCCACUGCUGAGAUGGAAACCCAGUCCUAACCAUCACACACCGCCCUGAUUGAUGUCAGCUGAGACUGUGUCCACGGGAAUAAGAAUUUUAUCUUUUUUCCCAGAAGUCGCCCGCAGCAUAUGUAGCUUUACUAUGAUCAUUUUCUACAGACAGAUAUGAAAAAAAAAAAAUUAAGAUAUUAUUUAAAGAUAAUAUUGUUAACAGCUGAACUUGUCAACACCGUUUUAUCAAGCCACUCAUCUUCUUCAUCUUCCAGAAAUAAGAGGAAAACAAAUUAUUGAUCUUUUUUUUCCCCCCUUUUUCUUUUUUUACCUUUAACGAAAGCUGCUUGCAAAUGAACACAGAACUCACAGCACACUACAAUUUAACUUAUUUCUUGGAGCCACUGAUGGCAACACCAUCCACCACAGACCACUCAAAAUAUAAAAUCUACCUAUUAAAACACUAAUAGUCCCCUUGAAAGAAGUUCUGGGUUUUGGUGAACAUGAACUGAAAAUUCUGCAAGUAUUAGAAGAUAGAAGACAAGCUGCUGACAGACUAAACCAAAGCAACAAAUACACUUCAGUGGAAAAUAUCUAAGUUUUACUGUAUUUAAAAAGAAAUUUUAAACUCUGCUUUUUUAAUAAAAAAGAACAAAACUA